GCCAUCGUGACAAUUAGUAAAGCCCAGUUUAGAAACCAAGCCCAUGACCUACACACUAAAACACCAAAAUCACACUCCAUUUGCAGAAACCCUAGAUUCAGCAGCAGCACAGAACUUCACAAAAUGACGUUCAAGCGAAGAAAUGGCGGACGGAACAAGCACGGGCGUGGUCACGUCAAGUUCAUUCGCUGUUCGAAUUGUGGAAAAUGUUGCCCCAAGGAUAAGGCAAUUAAGAGAUUUAACGUGAGGAACAUAGUGGAACAAGCUGCUGUUAGGGAUGUUCAAGAAGCUUGUGCUUUUGAUCAGUACACACUUCCAAAGUUGUAUUUGAAAGUGCAAUACUGCGUUUCUUGUGCAAUUCACUCAAAAGUUGUUAGGGUUCGCUCACGGACUGAUAGAAGGAACCGUGAGCCUCCAAAGCGUUUCACUCGCCCAAGGGAUGAUGCUCCUAAAGCACCCCGUGCUGCUGGUGGUGCUGCUGGCCCUCCGCCUGUUCGUGUUUAAGUUAUAUCAUGUUUUUAAGUACUCUCACUCUGAAUCUUGUAUCAGAUUCUUCUUGUUUAAAAUUACUGCCCAGAAUAAUUUGGGACGUUUAUUUAAAUUUUUUUUAACUAAGAUUUCUUGCUUUUAUUA